AAAAGUAAAAACCUGAUGUUGAUGCUCAAGUGGACCGUUUCGAGAUCGUUGUCAGCGAGUAGCUCGACGCCCCACGCUUCAGCCCCCGCUUUGAGCGAGCCAGCCCGUAGGCCUUUUCGAGAUCUGUCGAACACGCCACCGGCCGUCGGUAUUCUAGGCAGGCACGCAAAUUCAUCGAACCUACAAAAUGCUUCGAUCAAACCUACGCCAGUUCGUCGGAGACGAUGUCGUAGUCAUGCCAGCGACUUGAGGACUUAUUUUCAAGCAACGAAAACCAAUGUAAGAACAGGAAAACGGCAAUCGCUCUCUCAACGAUUGGAGAGAUCACCCAAGCUGGAGAACUUUUAUCAGGGUACCCCGCGAGUGGACGCGGAUAUAGAACCAUUGACCUUUUUCCCAAAUGGAUUGAAACGUUCGACAGCUUUAACUCUACCAACGGAUCCAACUUUGUUCUUAAAAAGUCGAUCGAACAAACGAUCCUUUGGAAUCAAUCAAAGCAACACCGAGCUGCCGCAAAACGUGGUCAAUGAGGCGCGCGUUAAUUUACAGUCCCACGUAUCGGAUUUUUUUCAUCAGAUUUCGAUGGCCACUAGUCCCGAAGACGUGAUAGAAGUCGAGUCAGUGCCAUUAGAUAAGUCUCGAGCGUAUACCCAAAAUAACAACUUUAGAAUGAAAUUGGGGGAAAGUAAUCGUAAAAAGGGACAUUUUCAAUCGAAACUGUCUAAGAUUACAAAGAUCAAUGCUCGAAACAGAACUCCGUAUUACAAAAAAGUCGUCGAAGCCGGCAGUCCUUUGAAGCAAACUCCGCUUGCCGGGAAACUCUCAAAUUUGGCUCUAGAUCAAGAUUUACCUAAAUUUGAAAAUAUGGAUAAUACGGUUACGGAAGUUCUCAACAGAGAAAAGGAAACAAAUUUUGGAGGGAAAACCGUUGCGGAGAUUCUUUUUAACGACAUCGAGGAAAGAAAAAAGAUACUCGAGAUUCACGGUACGAUUCCUACUACAACGGAGGAUGAAACUUUUUCCUUAGAGGAGGAUCAUACGUAUGAAACGAUCGUUGAAUGCCGCGGAGAAGACGAGAAUAUCAAAUACGAGAAUAUCAAAGACGAGAGGAGGACCGAGAGCGACAGUUCGGUAUCCUCGGCCAGUCAGCUUUUAGAGGAUCCCUCGCCUAUCUCUUGGUCCUUUACGUCGCCAACCCCGACCAACGAAUUCGAGGGAGAGUUCACUUUGAAAAGACAACGUGGUAUACGUAGAAAACGUCAGCAACGGAGGAAAGAGAAGACCGUUUUCGAGGGUAAAAGACCGAAAAGAACGGUUGAUCCGACUUCCAAGCAAGUAUCGCCGAAGAUAGAAAAUGAUGAUACUCCUAGGAUAGAGGCAAUCAAUCCUAAUGUCAAGAAGUUAACCCUCGAGACGGACUUGGACUCAAUUUUCGAGGACAAACAACAAGUCGAAGGGUUUUCGAAUGUUUUUCCAAAUAUCGUCGAACCGGACGAUCGGAAGAAGGCUGGAAGUUAUUCGGGAAAUAACGUAAAAGGCAACGUCUGGGAAUUAGAAAGUCCUAAAUCAGCUUUGACGGAGGACAAUCGUAGUUCGAAGUCGAUUUUAAAGCCGACCUCUGAUAAUACUCCAGAGGUUCCGUUGGUCGCAACCGUUCGAAGAUGCUUGAAAUAUAGUCCGGAGAGCGAGCCAUCUAAAUCCGAUAUCGAUCGUCGCGGAUCCAUCGAGAUCGAGUAUUCGUUCGUUGCCGAUCACAUACGAGUUCGAGUGAUAAGGUGCAAGGACCUUCGAAGAACCUACGAGGGACCUAUUCACGCCUACGUCAAGGUCAGCUUAAAAAAUAUCAACGGCGAGGGAGUCGUCAAGAGAACUGCAGUUCACAGAGCCACGCCAAAUCCCGCCUUUCACGAAACCUUGUUAUUGCCCUGCCCGGUUAAUCAGUUCAUUAGCAAAUCUACAUCCCUGGAUAUCGCGGUCUGGCACAGAGAUCGUCGAGCAAGACGUAGCGAGCUGCUGGGCUGUAUGACUUUACCUCUACCUCUGUCUCAGGAUAAGGAAGCGACAUGGCACCCGCUCGAAUCUGGAUCCAGCCGAAAUACAAGUACCCCUUAUGCAGGAGUACCACAAGAAUGUGGAGUCACGCCACCUUUAUCCAAAGAUGGAGAAUCAGAUAACAACAAUUCCGGGAACGAUGAUUUGACGUACUUGAGGCAUCUCGAACUAGAACCAGUCGAUCCUCUGACCGGCUUACCUCUACAUCCAGGUUUUACCGCGAAAGGUGGUAGGACGCCUUGUACUGUAACCAGAAGACUGAUUAGACAAAGUGCCGUGAAUCAGGUGCCAUGGGGUUUCUCCUUAUCCUGGGGCAGACCGCCGCGCGUCGAGCGCGUAGACUCGGCAAGUCCUGCCGAAAGAUCCGGCUUGAAGCCAGGCGAUUACGUGGUCUUCGUCGAAACGGUGAACGUCGUUACGAAACCAAGGGACGAAAUAUUGAGUUUGAUCCAGGCGGCAACGAAUCAGCUCGUUCUCGAGGUUUACCGCAAGGGAGGCAUUCAUUCCUCGCAGCACAGGCCCAGCUCGAUGAAUGUCACUCUUCAACAAACCGUCGUCGGUCCCCCUAGUCAGCACGCCGUCGCGUUCAACGCCGAGGUUUUUCCGAAUCUUGCUCCGGACGCACCACCGGAGGAAGAGUUAUCGGUACGAGAGACGAGAUACCGGGGGAUUCUGAAGAGCGGUCAGACGAGAUUCAUUCGACCGCUGGCCGAAAGGCGCGACCUUCUCUCCGCGGCGGACUACAUGAUCCUCUUUCAAAAUCUAGACGAAUUGCUAAAAAUAUCCGAGGAGAUUAGGGACGAAGGUGGCGGGGUCGAUUGCUAUCUCUGCAGGAUACCCAAGAUUACGGCCGCCUACAGACGAUACCUCAGUGGACUGCAAUGGGCUUGUUAUUUGCUCGUUGCGCUCAGGCGUAACGCGGCCUUCGCAAAGUUGGUCUGCGAACCUGCCGUUCCUCAUAAAAGGCGGCCCGACCUCACUGGAGUCCUGUUGCUUCCAUUGGAGCAUUACAGAGAAAUGACGAGAUUAUUGAGCUUGGCGUCGCCAAGGAACUGCCAGCAAGCACGAGAUUUGGCGCAAGGUUACCGAGAAGCUACCGCCAAUGCGGCCGUGAUGGAACCACCGCGAGACACCGGAAGACCGUUACUUAGUUUACAGGAAGUCGAGUCGCGAUUGGUUUUUGCCAAAUGCAAACCGUUCACUUUAGCUAUGCCAGGAAGGCAAUGGCUUUUUGGCGGUGCCUUAGCUAAGGUCGAAGGUCGUGCUCGUUUGCAACCAUCCUGGGCGCUCCUUCUUACCGAUUUAUUGGUCUUUGCUCGCGUUUCAAGGGAUCGCGUCCUUUUCGUUACCGAGGAACCAUUGCGACUGGCCAAUAUUGCGGAGGCAUGUUUUACCAUCAGAAAGAGGCCGACGGAAUUCAGAUUACAGGUGGCAAUUAAUUCGAAUGGCAGUUCCGAGAACGGCGCUCAGACAGAAGUGACCAACAGCGGAGGUGGUUGUAGUCCCCAUAGUCGUCCUCGGAGACGAGUCAUCAUAUUGAGAGCGCCCAGUCCAGAGCUCAAAGCUGUCUGGCAUAACUUGUUGCAACGGCAAAUAAUCUAUCUAAAUACAGGCUAUGGUGGAACGUCGAGCGUUGCCAGCCCCGAGGAAAGCCCGAUUACCAACACCAACUUUCCUCAAGUUCGAGAAACGAUCGAAAGUCCGCGGAUUUUACGGGACUCGAGUAAGCGCGAGGAAAAUAAGGAGGAGGAGGAAUGCCGUUCGAACGAAAGUCUCGUAGACAUUUUGAAAAAUACGCGAGAGGACAAUCACUUGGCCCAAUGGGUGCGCAAUUCUCAUCAAAUACCGCCAUCCGAUAACGAAGGCUCUCUCGAAGAAUGGACUGCCGAAGAGUUAGCCGCAAGGGCACCUGGGGAAAAUAAAGGGAGGCCCGUUGAAGAUAUUACGGAAACUACGGAAGAGAUUGUAACCGCUAAUUCGGACGUAGAGCAACAGAGCACAGCCUCGAGUGCCAGUUUAAGUACAGUCAAAUCCAAUAGCAUUACGCCGAGAAAAAAUGGCAGCUACGUAUCUUCGAGAGACAAUUCCACGAGUUCUAUCAGCAUCUGUAGACGAUGUCAUAGGUCUGGGUGCCCUACACCACCGCCACUUCCGAGGGACCCCUUCUCUCCGUUACCUCCUAAAAUAUCUGUUAUGCCACCUACGCCAGAUAUUUAUACGACGAGAUAUAGAUUAAGAAACGGCCUACACGACAGUCCAGGACGUAACAGUCCGAAUUACGUUUCUGCCGAUGGUAAUACGGAAGACGGAAGCGAAGAUGAUCUCGAUUGCGACGGGGAACCACCUUACAGAACCUUAAGAAGAUUUGGUACAAUGAGUAGUUUGGACCAAGACGACGAAUUGGACGAGCAAGGAGACGACGAAAAUCGUGAAACGGAAUCACCACCUUCAGGUUUGAGAGCUUGGACAGCAAGAGCUAGUAAUUAUGUUGUUAGCAAAAUGGUUCUUUUGGAGCAAUUUAGCGAGGGAGUCGGUGGUUACCUUCUUCAACCGCCAGUCCCUCCAGAAAGGACGGAAUUUUCUCUCGAUCCUAACGACGAGGAGGGGACUACAUCGGGUGCAACCUCGGGAGAUGACAUUUGGGGUACUCCAACGUCCGGUGGUCCGGACGACGAGAGCUUUACUACAACGCAUUCGCCGCCGACGCCGCCGCCGCCACCGCCACCGCCACAUGGGACCGACAAUUUGACCGAAAAUUUGACCGACAAUUUGACCGACAAUUUGACCGACAAUUUGACCGCUUCCGGUGAAGACAAUUAUGGUCUGAAUUUAUCGACGGAGGAAGAUCACGAUCAGGAAUCGGAUAACGAGGAUUGCGGACUGCCCGAGCUAAGCAUGGAUCAAUUAAUCGGCGGAGGUAGCCUCGGUUCGCUUCGUUGCUUCUUAAGCAGAAGAAGACUCGAACCUUUACUCGAAGAGGAGGAUUCGCCUGGAAGUGGAAAACAUCAAGUCGGAUGGUGGUGACAGAGGUUGCAAUCGACUACGUUGAAAAACGUCAGCUCGAGUUCCGAUGCAACCGAGAGGGAUCGUAUUUUUGCGAAAUUGAACCAAGAAGACGAAGAGUUUCGUCGAAAAAUCGUAGAUCUUCAUAGAAAACUCUCCGACGUUGACGAAGGAUCGAAGCUCGAAUUAGCGUCGCCGGACUCUUUGAAGAAUGUCAAAGAGGAACAUCGUUUGAAAGAAUUGGAAUCGGUCGCGCUGAGAGCCGAAGAGUCUAGCAAUAGAAGUGCCGAAAAGAUUAGUUUCGAAAGAUUGCAAAAGGAAGCUUACGCCGCGAUCGCGAUCGGUGCGAUUGAUGAACCGACCGACAAUAGGCGCAAAUAUAGACAAUUAGAUGCGCAACAUGAUCGUAGAAAACAAUUAGAGUUUAUGAUUAAAAAAAGCAAAAGCAACAAGCUCUUAGAAGAAUCCUAUAGUCGGAACAACGGUGAUAAUACUAUAGCGACGUCGGAAAGUAAUUUCUUAAAUCGUUUGAGAAUAAAACGACGUAGUUUGAGAUUAUUGAGUUUCCUUAGCGGCAAAGCAUACGAUCGGUCGCAAGAAGAACGAGCAGGAAAAUUCUUCAAGAUGUAUAUGCCUGAAAAAGCUACCAAUCCGCAGAACACAAUUUGCAUCCACCAUACGUCUAGAGACAGGCGAUUUUGGAAGCUUCGAAGUCGUAGGCGGUCGAGUUCGACCUAAAUUUCAAAUAGGACAAGUCGAACGAAACCGAAACAGAGAUUAUUGUCUUUAUAUCUUUUACUAGGACUUCCAAAAAUGAUAAUGUUAUUAGAAUUUUUUCAAAUCUACUUACUAUAUCAACAGUUGUUUUCCUAGAGCUUAGUAUACUAAUAGGAUAUCGAAUUUGCGAUUUCAGCAUA